GAAGCAGCAGAGGAAACAGACAAAACAGACAAAACAGGAGAAGACGAGAUGGAAGACAGCCAAGAGGGACCUAAGGUGACCAUAAGAAAGCUCGGAAAGGACAACGUCGACUAUGUCUUGGAGGACGUGGACUUGUCGUUGGCCAACUCGUUGCGAAGAGUGAUGAUGGCAGAGGUGCCCACGCUAGCAAUUGACUUGGUGGAGAUAGAGGUCAACACAUCAGUACUAGCAGACGAGUUUAUUGCACACCGAUUAGGGUUGAUACCCUUGGAGAGCAAGGACAUCGAGCAAUUGGCGUACACUCGAGACUGCACUUGUGAUCAAUACUGUCCGAAAUGUUCAGUUGUGUUGACGUUGGACGUGAAGUGUUCCGAAAACAAAUUCAAAGAUGUUUACUCGAUCGAUCUAGUGUCCUCGGACACCAAUGGGUUGGAGAUCGGUCGUCCAGUUAUAAGAGAUGCUGGAGGUAAAGGUGUGUUGAUUUGCAAGUUACGACAACACCAAGAAUUGAAAUUAACAUGCAUUGCGAAAAAGGGGAUAAGCAAAGAACACGCCAAAUGGUCGCCCUGUGCAGCAGUUGGAUUUGAAUAUGACCCAUGGAAUAAACUAAAACACACGUCGUAUUGGUACGAAAACGAUGCCUCAAAGGAAUGGCCAUUGAGCGAGAACUGCCAGUGGGAGGAAGAACCCAAUGCAGACGACAGAUUUGACUACAAAGCAGUUCCAACCCGGUUUUAUUUCAAUUUGGAGACAGUGGGGUCGAUCGAGCCCAACUUGGUAGUCAAACGAGGAAUUGAGAAGUUAUCGAAGAAAGUGGUAGAGAUCGUGUUGGCCUUGGAGGAAAUCGAAAAGAAGAAGGACGAUGGAGUCAACAAUGGCCAUGUGGGAAGCAACAAUGGCGGGAUGACCAUGUAUGACGAAGGACCAGGCAUGGGCAACGAGACAGCAAUGGGCGACAUGUAUGGUGGUUUUGACGACGCAGGCUACCACCACUCUCUCGAAGGCGACACCAGUGUGUGGAAUUAGGGGAUG